AGUGUCACUGAAAAGUCUUUGUUGCAGCUUUACUUCAAACUUUAAAGCUGUUCGUCCACAAUCUGAGUCCUUUAUUACCGAGUUUCUGUCUCAUGUCAGCAGUCAGUAAUAAACAUCUGUGUGUCUCCAGACAAAGAGAAGUCUGUCAGAGUGAUCCUUCAUUUCUGUGUUAAAAGGAAGGAACCCAGUUAAAGUCAAUGCAGCGCUUACUGUGUGAGAAGGUGAUGGCUUCAGAGAGCAACAGUGAGGUGAAAGACACCAGCCAGAGGAAAAUCCUCGUCUUCCUCGACCUCUUCUGUCUCUUCUUGGCUGGUUUGCCGUUCCUGAUCAUCGAGUCCAGUGCUAUCCGGCCGUACCGCCGCGGUUUCUACUGCAGCGAUGACUCCAUAAAAUACCCAGCUAAAGAUGGAGACACCAUCAGUGAUGGGGUUUUAUCAGCUGUGGGCACGCUUAUCGUCGUCAUCUCAAUCACGAUAGGCGAGAUCUACCGGAUCCACUUCCUUCAUGAGGGCUCCAAUGCUUUUGUCAGGAACCCCUACUUAUCAGCCCUCUACAAGCAGGUUGGGGUUUUCCUCUUCGGCUGUGCCAUCAGCCAGUCCUUCACAGACAUUGCCAAGGUGUCCGUGGGCCGCUUGCGUCCUCACUUCCUGGAUGUGUGCAGGCCCGAUUUCACCCGGAUUAACUGCUCGCUGGGUUACAUCACUGAGUACAUGUGCACAGGGGACGAUAGCAGGAUUCAAGAGGCGAGGAAGUCCUUUUUCUCAGGCCACGCCUCUUUCUCCAUGUACACCAUGCUCUAUUUGGCUCUGUACCUGCAGUCGAGGUUUACCUGGGAAGGAGCACGACUGAUACGGCCUCUGGUGCAGUUCACACUCCUCAUGAUGGCUUUCUACACCGGUUUAUCACGGGUCUCUGAUCACAAGCACCACCCCACUGAUGUGCUGACGGGUUUUGCACAGGGAGCCCUGGUGGCUUACUGUAUUGCAUUCUAUGUGUCUGACCUGUUUAAGUUAAAGGACAGAGGCUCUUCCCUUCCACCCACUCAGAUAAAGAAAGACCUCCUAACCACUGUGGAACGGAACAACCACCUCACUUUAGCGUGACUUUAACAGCCAAGGAUACGCUGAGGUGUCCGGUGCACACGGACUGGAGUGGUCACUGGGCGAGCACUGGCUUUGCCCAUCAGCAGACUGGCCAACACUGGACAGAUGUAAACCACAUGUGAAUCUUAAUGUGCCAAUUUGGUGGCAUGUUGGAAUUCAGGCCUACGACGCUAACUGUUCGACCUGUGAGGCUGUUCCAGAGCUGCAACACUAAUCCAAAGGAGCCUCGUGUUUAUUUCUUCAACUGAAUCGUGAGUCUCGACAACUCGAAUGGACAGCUAAGCUAUUUCUGAGAAGACAUGGUUGUUUAACCUGAAGUGAAACAAAUUCCUCACCCAGGGGGAAGGAUUUUUAAUGGAAUUGCUACAUGGUAGACUGUGAAUAUUAUUUGAGAAUGUAGCACAAUAUUCAAACCUACACUUGAAUAUUCAGUAAAUUAUAUAUUUUUUAAAAAAGCAGCCCUGAACCACAUGUCUGGGGAAAAAUAUUGAUGUUAUGCAGUUAUUGUGACUUAAUAUCUCGUUAUUUCAAGAUGUCAUUAUUCAGACUUAUUAUUUUAAGUUUCUGACUGCAAAGCUGAAUUCUGGGCAACAGUGUUCCAUUUCUAUUGCUGUUGGAGUUUCGAGAUGUUUCUUGUGUGUAAAUGUUUUGCCAAGAUAAAAAGCAUUCCGCAUUUUGCGAUUCCGGAGAUUGUCGAAGCAAGUGAGCAACAAUAUCACGUGACCAUCGUGGGGCAUGUUUGAGCUACUUUUCUGCUCGCCCUCCAGCAGAAAAGAAAACUGCAAAUAGAGCAAGGUUAGAUAAUGUGUCAUUUUUCUGACAGAUGACUAAAUAAUUCUAGCUAGCACUUAGCUAUCUUAGCCUUCGAAUGCAUGGACUCAACUCCACGGUAGCAUGUAUGAAGUCUAAUAUUUUGAUCUUACAGAGAAAGAAACGAUAUCGCAAAAGCAGUAACUGAGAAAAGAUAUAAAUAUUUGUGUUUUGUUUCACAGCUCUAUUCGCAAAUGUCAACCACAAAUUACAUCCCUGCAACUCAAAACUCUCUGAGGUCGAUGCAGAGUCAUGAAGUUUUCUGCGAGUUGCCAUCUUGGUGCGACACAGUUCCAUAGUUAUGCUAAUUAGUUAAAGCUCUUUUCCGUAGGGCCGUACUGUUUACCUCAAGAGGGAGGAAAACGGUCCCAAAACAGAGAAAAAUGACCCUCUGGACAUCAAAAUCACCACAUCCUGUUCGUCCACAUGAUAUUGUUCUUGGGAGACAGAGGAAAAUGUCACACAAUAAAAAAAAAAAAAAUUAAUUUCACAUGACUUUGCAGUCAGCACCUUUUAAUUAUUUCAAGAUACACUCACUGAACAGUUUAUUAGGAACCCAUUUACAUUUGUGCAUUCAUGCAAAUAUCUAAUCAUGAGGCAGCAGCUCAGUGCAUGUAGGUGAGGGUCAAGAGUGUCCGUUAAUAUGAGGAUCAAACAUCAAAUUGGGGGAAAAUGUGAGCUUGGUGAUUUUGACCAUGGCAUUAUUCUUAGUCCCAGAUUUGAGUAUUUCAGAAACUGCUGAUUCUCCAGGGAUUUUCAAAGAUAACUGUCUCUAGACUUCAUGCGUCAUAUGUUUAAAUGAGCCACAUUCCUCAGUUUAUCAAUUUUCCACACACCGUUCUGUUUCCUCAUUCAAACGAGUCUCAUACGACGGCGUAUUAGGGUAAUUGUAGGUCCAAA